AUGGCUGUAGCCUUCUUCACUGGAGAAUACCAGGGAAUUAAAGGACUCAUUACCUUUACUAGAAAAGGUCGUGGAGUCCACGUUAAUGUUGAUAUCAGGUCGGGCUUGAACGAUACUACCGGAAAGUACCCUUACCAUAUUCAUCAAUUUGCAAUAAAUUCUACCGGUUCCUGUGCUUCAACAGGUGGUCACUUAGAUCCUACUGGUGUUGGUGUAUCAGGAUACGUAUGCGAUCCCAAUGUACCUAAAAAAUGUGAAGUUGGUGAUUUAAGUGGUAAAUAUGGUGGCCUUCAAGGCUCACCAAGGGGUUGUGCUAAAGCAACGUAUAUUGACAAGUUCAUUGCUUUGAAAGAUAGCAGUAAAGCUGCAAAUGGAAUAAUUGGUCGCUCCAUUGUUAUUCACGCUCCUAAUUCGCCUGCUCCCGCACCAAGAAUUGCUUGUGCUGAUAUUGUCGCAAAAUGA